AUGCCUCCCAGAGAGACACAUCCAGUCGUCCAGGCAGUCGCCCAAGCUAUAACGCCACCUCAGAGAGCCGAAACCACUCACCAUAUUGGAAUUAUCGUGGAUUACAACCAGAGGCCAUUUUCUAUCACGUGGCAACGCGGAAACCAAUAUCCUAAUCUGGAUGCAUUCCCAACAUUUACCGAUGCCACUGUUAACCCUAUUAGCCAGACCGCUAGCAUGAGAGAACUCUGGACGCAAUCUGUGACAUUUGGCUACGGCUCGUGUGGAUCUGUCCGUAUACAAGACAACGUUUGUUUUCCCAUUAUAAAGUUAGCACACUCAAAUACAGGGUUCAUGCAGAUGAUCCAGCAUGAAUUCGCUCUGCUUACUAGCAUGGCACUCCUUGACUCAUCCUUACCCGUUGUCCAAGUCGAUCAACAGCCCAUUUUAGAAAACGGCGAGAUCUGCGGUUUUCGAAUGAAACGACUAUCCGAAAUGUGCCGCUCGUCUCUAAUAUCACGAAAGUCCGAUAUCCAAGAUGCACUCCAAAGACUUCAUUCUGCAGGCUUCUGUCACGGUGACAUUAAGGGGAAUAACAUCAUGGAGGACGAAGCUGGACGGAUCAUAUUUAUCGACUUUGGCUUAGGUGGCCGGAUUGGCAGCGAUGCUCCAGAAUUUUUUCCUCGCCGAGUACCCAGACACUUUACUGCUGAACAUGAUUGGGACCUCUUUGACAAAGAGUUCCUGUAG